AUGGAGGGCGAAAAGCUCUCACCAAUCCGGAUCGCGGAAUUUCCAACUGGAAGUGGUGGAGAUCACCCCCAUGGAUUGACUGCCAAACAUGAUGCAAGAAGAAACACAAUUCAUCAUACCGUUAAUCGGACUCCAUUAUCAACCAGAAGAACCAGUGAAAUCUUAUCUAUGAAGACUCAGCUUGCACCAUUGACUUCUCCUAGAACUCUCAAAUACGUUUCUACAUUUGAAUCAAUUGGGAAAUCUAAAGUUAAACUUGAUGCCAGAUUACAACAACAACAACAACAACAACAAUCAUCUCGUGAUAAUAGUCCAACCAAUAAGGAAAAUGUAUAUCGAUUAGGAAAAGCUCAGAGAACAAGUAGUAGACUUUCAAGCGAGUCCAUGAAUAGUAGACAACCAAGAAGUCCAUUUGAAUCCUCUCCAACAAAAAUUGAUACCCCUUCAAGAUCAAAUAAUAAUUCUUUAACAAUGAUGGGAUCACUGCAAAAGAAAAAGAGAAAUCAUGAAGUUCUAGAAGAAAUAUCCACUGCUAGUCCUAGUCAUAAAAUUGCCAAGGUUGUUACUAAUGCCAAUGAUUUAGAAAGUUCAUUUAGAAAUGAACCAGAAUUGGAAGAUCAAGAAGAACAAGAAAAUAAUAAAAAUAAUACACUGAUUGUUAUUGAUGAUGUUUUUAAUAAAGAAGAUUUGGUUGGACAACUUAGUAGUUCCAAACCAACCACAAAUACCGCUACAACCGUUAUUGAUAAUGACAGUGAUGAUAGUGAUCUUGAAGUUGGAAGAAAUAGUGCUAAUGAAUUUUCACAAACAAUGGUUACUAAAUAUCAUACAAAAGUACCAGAAAGUGAGAAUUUUACUCAACAAAAUAAAAUUUUAAUUAAUGUUGAUGAAGAUUAUGUUACACCACAGAGAUUGACAGAACCUGUUGCAAAGAGUCCAGAAAUAAAUCAAGGCAAUAGAGUAAUUGAAGAAUCUAUUGUUGAAAAUACUAGUCCAUUAAAACUGCACAUCGAUAGAGAAAUUCCUAAAACUGUUAAUAUUUCUGAUAAUGAUGAUGAUGAUGAAAUUAUAGAAGAUGGAAUUGAAGAUGAACCAACAAUUAAUUUCUUAAUGUCACCAAAUUCCAAACCAGUUUUCUCAAUUGAUCAUAUUAAGAAGAUUCAAAACGAAAAUGUUAAAGAGAUUGAAAGUUUAGAGAAUAUAAUCUAUCAUAAAAAUCAAGAAAUCUUAAAAUUUUCAGAAGAGUUAUCAUCAACAAAUGGGAAAUUUUUAAUAUUUGAUCAACAAAUAAAGGAAUUAACUCUGGCAAAGAAGAAAUUGAUUGGGAAUGAGGAAUUAUUAAAAGUACAAUUGAAACAUACUGAACGUGAUUUAGCCAAAUCAGCAAAGAGUCUUAAAAUUAAAAUGAAUUUAACGAAUCAAUUAGAAUCUAAAAUUCAAAAAUAUAAGCAACAAUUGAAUUCAUUAAAUUCAGAUCUUGAACUAAUUAAUAAAGAGAAAGAUAAUUUAUUAAAAGAUAUUUCUGAAUUAAAUGAAAAGUUAAAACUUGAAAUUGAGAAUCAUACAGUUACAAAUUCCAAGAAAAUUGAAUUAGAAGAGGAAAUUCUUUCUAAAAAUAAAGAGCUUACUUUAGUUGGUGAAGUUAAUUUAGAAUUGAAUCUUAAAGUAGAAUCAUUACUUAAGGAUAAAGAAGAACUCUUAACUGAAAUAAAGAAUCUCAAAGAAGAAAAUGUUGAAUUACAUGAUAUCAAUGAUAAGCAAACAAGUUUAGUUGAAGAAUUAGACAAACUUGAAACUUUGGCAAAGAAUAAAAUUGCUCACUUAAUUGCUGAUACAGAAGAUGGUAAAUUAAAGAUUGAAAAAUUAAACAAUGAAAAGAAUGAUUUACAAGUAAAACUUGAUGACUUAACAACUAUUCAUAACGAAACUCAAAUAAAUUUGGAUCAAUGUACCAAUUCAUUGAAUGAAUUAACCAAGAAUUUGGAAAUUAUUGAAAAUGAAAAGAAAGAAUUAAGUUCAGAUUUAGAAUUACUUCAAAGUAAAUAUGAUAAUUCCGAAUCAUUCAUUCAAUCUUUAAAUAAAAAACUUGAAUUAUUUCAACAAGAAAAUGAAAGACUUAAGGAGGAAACGACUAAAGCCAAAUCACAAAUUGAACUUUUAAAAUCAGCAAAUAAAGAUAAAGAUGAGAUUAUUAGUGGUGAUACUAAGAAAAUGAGUGAAUUGGUCCAAAAGGUUAAUCAACAGAAGCAAAAAAUUUCUGAAUAUGAAGAUAAUGUGACUUCUAAAGAGUCUAAUUCAACUGAAGAAGUCAAUGAAUUGAAGUCAAUGAUUAAGAAAUUGCAACAAGAAAUUGAAAACAAUAACGAGAAGACUCAAACAAGAAUUCAAGAAGUAGCUGAACAAUUGUAUUACCAAUAUUCAAAAAAGCAUGAAUUAAAAGUUGCAGAAGUUAGAAAAUCAAUUGAAAAAAGAUUUAGAAAGCAAAUUGAUCAUUUACACAUUGAAAACAAAUCACAAAUUAGAGAUAUUGAAAGUUUAGAAAAGAAACUUGAGAUCGUAAGUGUGGAAAAGAAUCAAUUAUUAAACCUAAUUGAAGAGUACAGAGAAGUUGCAGAGCUGGAUCCAAGAAAGAGAUCACCAAAGAAGGGAUUAAAAAGGCAUUAA